UCCGCUGGCCUCGAACUCCACCAUGACCUCGACUUCGUCAGACAACGUCGAAACCGGGCGUGAUCUGUCAGAGUCCAAGAUCCAGGAGAUUGAAGACCACAUGGACACAGAGAACUGCUUCAAAUCCAAGAGUUUACCCAUCCUGAUUGGACCUUGUCAGCAAGAUGGCAGGGCUGCCAUGCCUCAGCUGCUCAACACCACUCGAACCUGUGUGGUUAUGGAGGAAACCAGAGUUUUCCAGCUGAAGACCCCAGACUCCAGCCAAGCUGAGUCCCCCUCCUCCUGGACAGACUUCUCCCCCUCCGUUUCCAGCAUGGUGGGGCUCAGCAGGUCCAUGCCAGUAGAAGGCCACAGGUCUGCAGGCUCCAGAGGCAAAACACUUGGUUUCUCAAUUACCCGCUUCAUCCACAUCCCAGCGAGGAAGUAUGUGCGGGUCAUACUGAGCGAUUCGCGCUACUUCUUGUUCUGCAUGUGCUAUCUGACCUUCAUCCAGUCCUUGAUGGUUUCAGGCUACCUAAGCAGUGUCAUCACAACCAUUGAGAAGCGCUACAGUCUGCGCAGCUCCGAGUCCGGCUUGCUGGUGAGCUGCUUCGACAUCGGCAGCCUGCUGGUGGUGGUCUUCAUCUCCUACUUUGGCGGCAGGGGUCAGAGGCCGCGCUGGCUGGCCGUGGGUGGCGUUGUGAUUGCUGUCGGAGCGGCGCUGUUUUCCCUGCCGCACUUCAUCUCGCCGCCAUACCAGAUCCAAGAGAUGAACUCCUCAACGGGCCACGAAGGCCUCUGUCGGAGCGAGAACAACAGCGGGCGAGAGCUGCUUGACGCGGCGUCAUGCCCUCGCGACCAGGAGGGCAACGAGCACAACCUGUAUGUGGCACUGUUCAUUUGUGCCCAGAUUCUUGUGGGCAUGGGGUCUACGCCAAUCUACACCCUGGGACCAACCUACCUGGAUGACAACGUGAAGAAGGAGAACGCAUCUCUCUAUCUAGCCAUUAUGUAUGUAAUGGGAGCCUUGGGACCUGCUGCUGGCUACCUGCUGGGAGGUGUGCUUAUUGGGUUCUACGUUGACCCCAAAACUGUUGUGAACAUCGACCAGAAUGACCCUCGUUUCGUUGGCAACUGGUGGAGUGGCUUCCUGCUGUGUGCCAUCGCCAUGCUUUUGGUUAUUUUCCCCAUGUUUGCCUUCCCCAAAAAGCUGCCCCCGCGACACAAGAAGAGGAAAAGGAAGAAAAAGAUGGGCUCACCGGGCGAUGUGUCCAGCGAUGAUGAUGCGAUGAAGGAAAAGUCGAGUAGCAAAGGCCAAAGUGUGUCCUCCUCCAUGGGUUUUGGGAAGGAUAUCAAAGACCUUCCCAAGGCUGCACUGAGAAUCCUCAGCAACAUGACGUUCCUGUUUGUCAGCUUGUCCUACACAGCUGAGUGUGCCAUCGUCACAGCCUUCAUCACCUUCAUCCCCAAGUUCAUCGAGUCUCAGUUCGGCAUCCCUGCCUCCACUGCCAGCAUAUACACAGGUCUAAUCAUUGUGCCCAGCGCUGGCGUGGGCAUCGUGUUGGGGGGCUACAUCAUCAAAAAGCUGAAGCUCGGGGCAAGAGAGUCAGCGAAGCUGGCCAUGAUCUGUAGCGGGGUGUCUCUGCUCUGCUUUUCCACACUUUUCAUAGUGGGCUGUGAGAGCAUCAAUCUAGGAGGCAUCAACAUACCCUACACCACAGGUCCGACCCUGACCAUGACCCACAGGAACCUGACAGGCAGUUGCAACGUAAACUGCGGCUGCAGGAUCCACGAGUACGCCCCGGUCUGCGGCUCCGACGGCAUCACCUACUUCAACCCGUGCCUCGCUGGAUGCAGCACCGUGGGCAACGACAGCGCCGGGAUGAGGAACUACACGGACUGCGGCUGCGUGCAGAGCAGGCAGGUCAUCACGCCGUCCUCCGGCGGGCAGGUCAACCAGCUCCAGCUGGUCAUCGUCAAAACGUACCUGAAUGAAAACGGCUACGCCGUAUCAGGGAAGUGCGACCGAACCUGCAACACGCUCAUCCCUUUCCUCAUAUUCCUCUUCAUCGUCACGCUCAUCACCGCGUGCGCUCAGCCCUCCGCCAUCAUCGUCACGCUCAGGUCCGUUGACGAACAAGAGAGGCCUUUCGCACUCGGGAUGCAGUUUGUUCUGCUCCGAACUCUCGCCUACAUCCCCACACCCAUCUACUUCGGUGCUGUGAUUGACACCACCUGCAUGCUCUGGCAGCAGGACUGCGGCGUGCACGGCUCCUGCUGGGAGUACGACGUUACCUCGCUCCGCUUCGUCUACUUCGGUCUGGCCGCCAGCUUAAAAUUUGUCGGCUUCGUCUUCAUCUUCCUCACCUGGUACUCGAUCAAGCACAAGGAGGCGCGGGCCGAGCGUUGGCGCCAGCACCUUCCUCCUCUGGGCACAGUCAGCGAACUGAUCUGCCACGCCGGGGGCCAGAAGAGCCACGCCCGCACACUCUCCUGCCCCGUGUACAUGCCACCUCGGCCCGAUCCGCCCGCAGUGCUGCUGCUCAACCGUGGCCGCAGCAGCUUCAGCUGCCCGGGUAACGUCCUCAAAGCAAUAACUCCCCCCGUACUGUUGCCGUAUCACCACCGAGGCUCGACCCACGUCUGAACGCACGCCACGUCCCUCGUUGUGCCUUCCUGUUUGUGUUUCUGCACUGCGCAGCAUCUGCUUCAUGACUGACAGGCAGAGACACAGGUGGGCCCGCUGUACCUAAAGGGCUGCUCAUCGUUCACACAAACAGGAGGCGGAGCAAAGUUUAUCACGGAGCGUCCCAUCGGCUGCAGCCACGCUCGUGGUUUGGACGAUGGAAUGGUGCUACUGUUCAUGGC